AUGCAAAGUGCUUUAAGAGUUCAUCUGAGAAUUCACACUGGAGAGAAACCUUACCAGUGCUCGAGCUGCAGUGAAAGAUUCACUUAUUUUAAAAGUCUUCAGACUCAUCAGAAGAAACACGCUGAAGAACAAACUGAUCUAAAGUCACACCAAACAACACAUACCGAGGAGAAACGCUUUCAGUGUUCACACUGUGAGAAACGCUUCCAUCAAAAAGCUCAUCUGAUAACUCAUCAGAGAACUCACACUGGAGAGAAACCUUACCACUGCUCUCUCUGUGGAAAGAGCUUUACUAAUCAAAGUGCUUUAAGAGUUCAUCAGAGAAUUCACACUGGAGAGAAACCUUAUCAGUGCAGUGUUUGUGGGAAGAGUUUUAAUCGUCAUCGUAAUUUAGUGGAACACAAGAGAGUUCACACUGGAGAAAGACCUUGUCUCUGUAAUGUUUGUGGGAAGAGUUUUAAUUGUCAUCGCAAUUUAGUGAGACACCAGAGAAUUCACACCGGAGAAAGACCUUAUCUCUGUAAUGUUUGUGGGAAGAGUUUUAAUCGUCAUCACAAUUUAGUGGAACACAAGAGAGUUCACACUGGAGAAAGACCUUAUCUCUGUAAUGUUUGUGGAAAGGGUUUCACUCAACAAACUGGCCUACGAAGUCAUCAGAGAAUUCAUGCAGGUGAAAGACCCUUUAAAUGUUCUCAUUGUGACAAGUCGUUUGCUCAAAUGGGUGUCUUGAAAAACCAUGAGAGAAUUCACACUGGAGAGAAACCUUACCAGUGCUCGAGCUGCGGAGAGAGAUUCACUUAUUUAAGAAAUCUUCAGACUCAUCAGAGGAAACAUGCUGAAGAAAAAACUGCUCUGGAAUCAUCGUAGUGUCUAUAACCUGGAAUAAUUUUACUCGCAGUAUUUUUCUGUGUACCAAUUGAAAUUAUUCUGCAUGUCUUUUCUCAUGUACGAAUGAAAAUUGAAUCUGUUUUA